AUGGCGGCGCAGAAUCAUCCCAGGAACAGGGCGCCCUCAAGAGCUUCGACUGCAUCGAUUCACAGCAACACAACCCAUAACCUCGAGCAGAGUUUUGCUGUAUCCCAUAACAGCUACUCGGACCAAUGGAAUACGAAUGGCCACAGCCAGCCUAGGGACAUGGUGCAGGCGGGGGGACACCAGAUGACGGCCGAGGACAUGAUGCUUCGGCCUGCAUCGCAAAUGUCGCAUAUGCAAGGUACCCAGUCCUUUGCCAUGGAUACGAGCAUGCAAUCUUCCGUUGGCCACCCAAUGUCCUAUCCUCAGCACGCUGCCAUGAGCCAAAAUCUCAGCCAGAGCCAUAGUCAGCAUGGAAUGCCGGCUGAUUCUUUUGCCGCCACGGCCAGUUUCACCGACCCCGAUAGUCAGAUGAUGGAUCGCGAGGAAAUCGAUGACGGUGAAUCGCAUGCUGGAUUACCUCCAAAUCCCAAGCCUUCCUCCAACAAGACGAGUGCGAACAAUGAGUUGGAAAUGAGGCAACUCUUCCAGGCAAAUAAGCAUCGCACAUUACAGGAGGUCGCCACUGAGCUGCACGGCAACGAGAGAGGGCCCAACUCUGAGCGCACUCGACAAGUGUUCGCUAUGCUCUGGAUAAACCAAGUCUGUUCGAAGGGGAAAGGGUCUGUCCCGCGGGGAAGAGUGUACGCCAACUACGCAUCCCGUUGUGCAACAGAAAGGACCACGGUCUUGAACCCGGCAAGUUUUGGCAAGCUUGUCAGGGUUUUAUAUCCCGGCCUCAAGACGCGAAGACUAGGUGUUCGCGGUGAGUCGAAGUACCAUUAUGUGAAUUUCACAUUGGCCGAUGACCAACCCGAGACUGCGGAGCCCAUCAUCCAGCCCGCUAUUCCGUUCCCGGAGACAGCAAGCUUCGCGUACAGCUUUAUCAAACCCAAAUCGCAGUCUCCCGCCAUCAAUACGCACAGGGCCAUCCUUCCAUCCCCUGACAUUCCUCAACAGCCAGAUACGGUGGGCACCACACGUUCCAGUCAGAACAGAUUGCAUAGUCUGUAUAAUCAGCCAGAUGUAUCCAGCAUUGAUCAUCUACACACCACCACAUCCAAGACGAUGCUACGUCUAUCCUUUGCUCCGGACAAUGAGGAACCUUUCAGGCAAGGCGAUUCCCUCGUCCUGCCCAAGCUCGAGCCUUUCCUGCCUAAUGGCACCGAUCCUGAUGCCGCCAUGUCUUUACAAGCACUGUACAGAUCGCACUGCACUUCUCUUGUUGAAUGCAUUCGCUACUGUAAAGAGAAAACAUUCUUUCACCUGUACACAUCCUUCCAAGGGACCCUAACCAUGCCGGUACAGAAGCUAUUCUCAAAUCCUAGCCUUGCUCCUUGGAUAGAACAGUGCGAUUUCCUCUUGUAUCAGAGAAUGAUGCGGAUAGUGUCCGGUCUUACUCUGCAAGUAGUCCCAAGACCUGUGCUCGACACAUUACGCAACAUCUCGGAGCGACUGGUCCCCCAUAUCCGAGACUCUUUCCAGGGACAACCGAAGCAUGUUAUCCACGCCAAGGAAGCGCCUGCCACCAUUUUUGCUGCAUUGCUUGAUCGAGCUCUCCGCGUCAACCUGACAGCCCAUGCGGCUGCAAACAUGCUGUCGAAUCCGGCAAACCGAGACCAAAUGUACCUGGACUGGAUCACUAUGGUUAGGUUACGCAAGGUCGCCGAAUGUAUCCCCACGAGAGGAAUGGACGACCUUGUCAACCUCCUGCUCGGCGAACUUCGCGAACUUCUCGAUCCGCAAAACGUUCCUUGGGAAAUCGAGUGUCUGACCCUAUAUGGAGAUGUGGCGGCGCGGAAUGGCAGGGCUACCCAGGCUGAUGUCUCGGGAGACGAUAAUGCUCAGAACGUCCUUGACAGAUGGGUCAACUUUCUUCGAUCGCUCCCCACCAAGUUCUCCUACGCCCAUCCCGAAGACAUCGUAUGGUGCGUGCAAAGAGUCGGAACAGAGAUCAUGCGGGAUCUCACGAUUGCCCAAGGCAAGAGUUUUGGCUCGUGGUGGGUGACGAAGUGUUGGAUUGACGAGAUGAUCUCCUUUCUCGCCGAGCAAGGGGGCUUCAUGAAAUUGAAGUGCUCUUCACCACCCUUGUCUAUAAUAUCCAAGCGUGGGGUUUCAAUCAAAGAGGCUGCCAGUCGACCAGGCUCGCGGUUCGGGAAUGGAAGUGAGGAAUUCAACACGAUGCCGAAUGUUUCUCAACCUCAAGGGAGCAAUGCACCUUUCCCCGUCCAAAUCGACACGCACAGCCGGGACUCUCUUGGACUGCUGGCCAACCCUGACGACAGCGGCAUAGGCAUGAGAACACCAGAGGAAGAGUUCCCGAUGGACAAGUUCGAGCUCCCACCGGAUCAUGGCCAAGGCCUCCAAAAUAUGAGUCUCGACCCGGGCUUCUAG